CUGGUCUGGGAGAAUUUCGGAUACGAGACUUGAAUGAUGAGAUCAACAAAUUACUGAGAGAGAAGAAGCACUGGGAGGAGAGAAUAAGGGAGCUAGGGGGUCCUGACUAUGAGAGAGUUGGACCAAAGAUGUUAGACCAGGAGGGCAAAGAAGUCCCUGGUAAUAGAGGAUACAAAUAUUUUGGAGCAGCAAAGGACCUUCCAGGAGUAAGGGAACUGUUUGAACAAGAACCCCCAGCCCCUCCAAGAAGAACUAGGGCAGAGCUGUACAAGGAGGUUGAUGCAGACUAUUAUGGGUACCGUGAUGAAGAUGAUGGUGUGCUGGUCCCACUGGAACAAGAUCUUGAGAAAGAAGUUGUAGCUGAGACAGUGGCUGAGUGGAAGUCCCAGAAAGAGGCAGGGCUGCUGAAGGAUGUGGAGGAGGAGGAGGACAUCUAUGCUGUGGAGGAGGAGUCAGAUGAGGAGGAGACAGGGGAGAGUAAAAUGGAGACAGAGGAAGGUCAGCAGCAGUUCAUCGCACACGUACCAGUUCCAUCCCAGAAGGAAGUAGAGGAGGCCCUCCUCAGAAGAAAGAAGAUGGAACUCCUUCAGAAAUAUGCCAGCGACUCACUCAUGGAGCAGAGCAAGGAGGCAAAAACUCUCAUGGGAUUAUGAACGCCACAGUCUUCACAUAUGUAUGGGUAGCUUAUAUGACUGGGACAGAUUAUUUUGUACAUAAUAUUUUUUAUAC